AUGACUAGAAAACUUUAUGCAGAUCUUCGACACUUCGUAGUUUUUUCUUCUGUCUUAUGCGGAAGAGAAAAUGCUGGACAAACGAAUUAUGGUAUGGCUAAUUUCAUUAUAAAGAGAAUAUAUGAAAAAAGAGUAAAAGAAGAUUUGCUUGGAUUAACUAUACAAUGGGGAGUAAUUGGAGAUGUCGGUUUUGUUGCUGACAUGCAGAAUAAAGAUAAAGAACUUGUUAUCGUUUUUACUGAUGUAAUAGUUGCUGAAAAACGGGCAGAAAGCGAUAUAAAUAAUGUUGUAGAUACUAUUUUAACCAUUAUAGGUAUAAUUGACUUGAAGAAUGUCAGUUCAUAG